CCUAUAACAGCACGCAUUUAGCCUCACAAGGCGCAGACACGAUGUAAAUGACCUGACAUAGGAUCUUACAGGAGUCUGCCCACGCACCUUGAGUGGUGCCGACACCAGUGACGUCAUCGGGCUCACCGGCGCAGGAGCCCAGGCUCGCGCGCCCACAGUCCUGCGCUUUCCUGGACGGAUAAGGAGGAGCAGGCCGACCGCUGCUGCGCAUGAGGAGCACACACUGUGAAAACGGAAUCAACUCUUUGAAGAAUAUUGCCUACGUGAGCUGUACAGACAACAGGUGAGCCAUGGAGGACGGGAAGCCAGUGUGGGCACCACACCCCACCCAUGGGUUCCAGCUGGGCAUGAUCGUAGACAUUGGAGCGGACGCACUGACCAUCGAGCCGCUGCACCAGAGGGGCAAGACAUUUCUUGCUCCUAUGAAUGAAGUCUAUCCGGCAGAAGAAGACGUCAACAAGCAUGUGGACGACAACUGUUCCCUCAUGUACUUGAAUGAAGCCACACUCCUCCACAACGUCAAAGUGCGGUACAAUAAAGACCACAUCUAUACUUAUGUGGCAAAUAUCCUGAUUGCUGUCAACCCUUACUUUGAUAUCCCAAAUCUCUAUGGUCCAGAAGCAAUCAAGUCCUACAAAGGGAAGUCUCUGGGAACUCUUCCUCCUCAUGUGUAUGCGAUAGCUGAUAAGGCAUACAGAGAUAUGAAGGUUCUUAAGAUGAGCCAAUCCAUCAUUGUGUCUGGAGAGUCCGGAGCAGGGAAGACUGAAAACACCAAAUUUGUGCUCAGGUAUCUGACUACAACUUAUGGAACUGGUCAAGACAUUGAUGAGAGAAUCGUCGAAGCUAAUCCCCUUCUGGAGGCCUUUGGGAAUGCCAAGACUGUGCGGAAUAACAACAGCAGUCGAUUUGGAAAGUUUGUAGAGAUACACUUUAAUGAAAAGAAUGCAGUAGUAGGAGGGUUCGUCUCCCAUUACUUGUUGGAGAAGUCCAGAAUCUGUGUUCAGAGCAGCGAUGAGAGGAACUAUCACAUCUUCUACAGACUCUGUGCUGGAGCCACGGAGGAGCUCAAGAAGAAAUUCCACCUGGACUCACCAGACCACUUCAGGUACUUAAAUCGAGGAUGCUCCAGCUUCUUCGCCACUAAGGAUUCAGAUAAACAAAUCCCACAACAACGGAAAAGUGCUGAGCAUUUGAAGAGUGGAGCCUUGAAGGACCCGCUGCUCGAUGACCUGGGAGACUACAACAGGAUGUGUGAUGCUAUGAAGAAGAUCGGCCUGAAUGACAUAGAGAAGCUAGACCUCUUCAGAGUGGUCGCCGGAGUUUUGCAUUUGGGCAAUAUUGACUUUGAGGAAACAGGAAGCAGCUCUGGGGGCUGUGUGCUAAAGAACCAAUCUAGUGACUCUCUGCAGUUCUGCGCUGACCUGCUGGGUCUGGACCAGGACGAUCUCAGGGUCAGCCUCACCACCAGAGUCAUGCUCACGACAUCAGGGGGUGCCAAAGGAACUGUGAUCAAGGUCCCUCUGAAGGUGGAACAGGCUAACCACGCCCGGGACGCCCUGGCCAAAGCCGUGUACAGCCGACUCUUCGACCAUGUGGUGAGGAGAGUCAACCAGUGUUUUCCCUUUGAAACCUCCACCCAUUUCAUUGGCGUUCUGGACAUUGCAGGCUUUGAGUACUUUGAGCACAACAGCUUUGAACAAUUCUGCAUCAAUUAUUGUAAUGAGAAGCUCCAGCAAUUUUUCAAUGAGCGGAUUCUUAAAGAGGAGCAAGAGUUGUAUCAAAGGGAAGGACUGGGGGUGAGUGAGGUGCACUACGUCGACAACCAGGAUUGCAUAGACCUUGUGGAGGCCAAGCUGGUGGGGAUCCUGGACAUUCUGGAUGAAGAGAAUCGUCUCCCUCAGGCCAGUGAUCAGCACUUUACUGUGGCUGUUCACAGCAAGCACAAAGACCACUUCAGACUCACGGUUCCGAGGAAGUCAAAAUUGGCCAUUCACCGGAAUCUGCGUGAUGAUGAAGGCUUUAUGAUCAGACAUUUUGCCGGAGCAGUUUGUUAUGAAACGACACGCUUUGUGGAGAAGAACAACGAUGCCCUGCACAUGUCCCUGGAGUGUCUGGUGUGUGAAUCCAAAGACACAUUUGUCAAGGAGCUGUUUGAGAACUACAACAGCACCAAAGAUGUCAAGCAAAAGUCUGGCAAACUCAGCUUCAUCAGCGUUGGCAACAAAUUCAAGACUCAACUGAAUCUAUUGCUGGAAAAGCUUCGUAGUACUGGCUCCAGUUUUAUCCGUUGUGUGAAGCCCAAUCUAAAGAUGGUGAGCCACCAGUUUGAGGGGGCCCUGAUCCUGUCUCAGCUGCAGUGCUCUGGAAUGGUGUCAGUGCUGGACCUGAUGCAGGGGGGCUUUCCUUCUCGUGCUCCCUUCCAUGAGCUCUACACCAUGUACAAACAGUACCUACCCGAAAAACUACAGCGACUUAACCCACGACUCUUCUGCAAGGCCUUGUUUAAAGCUUUGGGACUAAAUGAUGCUGACUUCAAGUUUGGGUUGACCAGAGUCUUCUUCCGUCCUGGAAAGUUCGCAGAGUUUGACCAGAUCAUGAAGUCCGACCCGGAACACCUGGCAGAGCUGGUGAAGAAGGUCAACAAGUGGCUCGUGUGCAGCCAGUGGAAAAAAGUGCAGUGGUGCAGCUUGUCGGUCAUCAAACUUCGUAACAAAAUGAGAUACCGAGCUGUGGCCUGCAUUAAGAUCCAAAAGACUGUUCGCAUGUGGCUCUGCAGAAGAAAACACAAGCCACGUGUGAAUGGAUUGGUGAAGGUUCGUAAUCUGAAGAAACACAUGGAACAUUUGACCAAAGUGGUAGACGGGCUGAAGGAAGGGAAACAAGAUGUGGCCAAGCAAGUGCACGAGCUGGCUACUGCGAUAGACCAGCUGAUGACCAAGAUCAAGACCACUGUGAUGAGCUGGAAGGAGAUCGACUCGGAGUACCAGGCCUUAGUCCGACGCUCGGAGCAGCUGCUGGGCUCCAUGCAGAAGAAGAAGCAGGAGCAGGAUGAGAGCGAGAGGCUGAAGCACAUAGAGGAGGAGAUGGAGAAGGAGAGGAAGAGGAGAGACCAGGAGGAACAGCGCCGCCUGCAGGAGGAAGAGGAGAGAAGACUGUAA